AUGCGGGCCAAGACCCAGUCUACGGGUUGCACGGAGGGGGCACGUGAGGGCGGUGGCGGCACGAGAGGGCGGUGGCGGAAGCGGAAGUGCGGGGCGGGGCCUGCCCCCCAGGCUGUGGCGGGAGCUGUAGUUCUCGCGCGCGACUGCUUCUCUCUGGUGCUGCUUCAGAACGGGUGCUGCCUCAACGUCUGCCGCCUGAGGGAGACGCUGGUUCGCCGUGUGCCGGCCGCGAAUCACUUGAUGUCCCACAUCGGCACCUAG